AUGGGUAACGUUUGUUCAUCAGGUGGCGAAGGAGCCAAAUCCAAUCAUGAUAUCAAUCUCUCGAUUGAAAAGGAAAGAAAAAAGAAGCAAAGUGAAGUCAAGUUACUUUUACUUGGAGCUGGAGAAUCUGGAAAAUCAACCAUUGCCAAGCAAAUGAAGAUUAUCCAUCAAAGUGGUUACAGUAACGAAGAACGUAAAGAGUUUAAACCAAUCAUAUAUAGAAACAUUUUAGAUAAUAUGAGAAUAUUAUUAGAUGGAAUGACUCGAAUUGGUAUGGAUAUUGAUCCAUCAAAUAUUGAAGCAGCAAAUAUGGUAAAAGAAUUAACAUCAUUACAAUCAUCAAUGGUAACAUCAGAAAAUUGGAAUCAAUUAAAUGAAGAUCAAGGAAAACAUAUCAAGGCACUUUGGAUGGAUCCGGGUGUCAAGCAAGCCAUGAAAAGAGUGUCCGAGUUUUCGACACUGCCCGACUCAGCACCCUACUUUUUUGAUAAUAUUGAUAGAAUGACGUCGACCGUCUACACGCCCACCGACCAAGACAUCCUCCACACCCGUGUCAUGACCAGAGGUGUGCACGAGACCAACUUUGAAGUUGGCAGAAUCCGAUUCAGAAUGGUCGAUGUCGGUGGCCAACGUAGUGAGCGUAAAAAGUGGUUGUCCUGUUUUGACGAUGUCACUGCCGUCGUGUUUUGUGUCGCUCUCUCUGAAUACGAUCAGCUCUUGUACGAAGACAAUUCUACCAACCGUAUGCUCGAGUCGUUGCGUGUCUUUGGCGACGUCUGCAACAGCUGGUUUGUCAACACACCCGUCAUCCUCUUCCUCAACAAGUCGGACUUGUUCCGCGAAAAGAUCAAGACCGUCGACCUCUCUGACACCUUCCCCGAGUACAAGGGUGGCAAGGACUUUGAACGUGGCGCCAACUACAUCAAGGAGAGAUUCUGGCAAAUCAACAAAAACGAAAACAAAUCAAUCUACUCUCACAUUACCUGUGCCACCGAUACUGAUAAUAUCCGUGUUGUAUUCCAGGCCGUUAAAGAUAUUAUUUUCACUCAAUUAACAACAACAACCACUACAAACAACAAAAAAACAAAGAAACAACAAAUGGAAUCAUAUUCAUCAUCUAUUCAAAAGAUUGGUGUAUUUGUUAAUCCACAAUUAGAAAUUACAAAUAGUGGAAUAUCAUAUUUCAAUACCUUUUUAAUUAACUUGGGAAAUAGUAUUGUCAUUGAAGCUAUUCAACGAUCAAAACAACAACAACAACAAAAUAAUAACGGUAGCGGUAAUAAUGUAUCAUUAACAAUUGAAGCUGUACAAGAGGCAGUUGCAGCAAUCUUUCCAUAUGACAUGUCAGAGUAUAUUAUUGAUCAGUCACAAGGUAGAAUUCAACACACAUCGAUGAAGAACUUGCCAGCCUACAAGCCAUACAGCGACGGUGAAAAUGACGGUGACGACGAAGAAGAUGAAGAUGUCGAAGGGUUUGAAAUCAUUCCACGCGACAGUGCCACCACUGCCCAGUCCAUCUCUCUCUUUUUCCCUACCGAACUCGUCUACAAGGUGACACACGAAAUGAUCAAGCGCAAAAAGGUGACCAUUAGCGAUUUGGUCGACUUUUACGAACCAAUCGAAAUCCAGUCCAAGGACAGCUUCAUGUACACUUUUCUUUCGUACUGUAUGGAGAUUGUCACCAAUCGCAUCCUCAAGAAGCUCGCAGACGUAAAGACAGAGACUUCAGAGGACACUAUCCGAAGAACAAUCGAGAGUGACCCAUCGCUCAAGGAGAUCCGUCACAAGGUUGUCCAAAUUUCAAACAAUACCAAUGCAUUCUUAAAAGGUGAAAGUGUACUCUCUUCAUCUUUUAUCGCUUCUGAUAUCAUGACCACCUCUACCAUCUUUUCUUCAUCUAGUACUAUUUUAAAAGAUAGUAUCAUUGAUGAAUAUAAUAAUCCAAGUAAUCAACAAGAUAAUAAUAAUCAAAAUAAUCAAGAUGAUAAUAACAAUACUAGUAAUAGUAUUUUAUUGGAUAAUACAACAACAACUACUACUAUAAACAACGAUGUAAAUAAUAAUAAUGAUAAUAAUAAUAAUGAAAAUAUUCCUUCCUCCCCUUCACCAGUUAUUAAUGAAAUUAAAAAUAACGAUAUUGAAACUACUCCUACAACUACUACAACCACCCAAUCGACAACCAUUGAAACUAACAACAACAACAACAAUAAUAAUAAUAAUAAUAAUGAAACACCAUCAUCAUCAACAAGCGCACCGAUUGAUAAAAUUACUCCUACUCCAAUUACAACUACAACCACCACCACCACCACUACAAAUGAACCAAGUUUAUCUAUUGAAAAGGAAUUGACUUCCUUUUUAAAAUCAAAUCAUAUUAAUAAUUUAUUAAAGGCUAGUUCUUUGGCUCCUAUCAAUCUCCUCACCAACAACAACAACAACAAAUCAUCAUCUGCAUCUUCUUUCCAACAACAAGAAUUGUUGACCAAGUUGGUGGAAUCUCAUCCAAAGUGCAAAGAGAUUCAAUCCAUUUUCAAUGUCACUCAAUCAUAUGAUCUUAUUGAAAUGUUGAGAGAUGGUCAUAUCUAUUUUGAAGCAAAGAACUGUACAUUUUUAGUAUUCUUAAUUUUAUUAGGGUUAGCAAUUCAAUCACUCAAAUGUUCUGAGGUUUAUUAA